GACUUUUAUGGUGCAAAGAAAGAGGAAGAAACAACCUCGUAACGUUUAGACAAGUCUUCCCACUUCGAAGAGGGCCAUAUUAGGAUCCGGUGACUGGGAAGAGAAGACUCAAAUGAUUUCUGUAAUGAAGCAUAAUGGACCCUGAGGUGUCUGUGCUGCUGCAAUGUGCACGGUGGAGGGGGCUGUUGGAGUCUCAAGUACAAGUGGAGCUUUCUGAAAGGUUUAACAGGCAGACAGAUCCAGCUCUAGAGCAUCACAUUGAUGAGAUCUGGACUGAGCGUCUGUCCAAGGAGCCAUGGCUUUUCAAUGGAGCCAAAUUUCGGCUGCAUUCAUUCUGCUUAGCAUCUCCAAUACACCCAUCCUCCUCUAAUUCCUCCUAUGUCCCCAACUUUGACUUUUCAGAGGACCAGAACAGGCACAGGGGGGAAUAUGAAGCAGUUCAGAAUGGUUUGGACAUUAGGAAUGGGUGUAUAAAUCAGGCAGAAAAUGAGUGCAUCAGUCAGCAGAUAGACAAUGUAUUGUCACAGUCUUCAUCCUCUUGUGACUACAGAGAAUUUAGGAGUAUUGCUCCUGAAUGUUCCCCACACUCUGAGCCACUCCUCACUCUGGGUCUGGGCCUCACAUGCUACAAGGACUACUUGGGAACAAACUGGUCGCGUAGAGUGGCAGAGCUUCGUCAGCGUGGAGUGGUGGAGUUCAGUGAUCCUCUGGCAUUGCUGGCUCAGCCUCUGGGUGUGGGUGCUGUGCUGUGCACAAAUGACGGUCAGGUGGUGUUUAUCAGGAGGAGUCAGAGGGUGGCAGAAGCUGGAGGUCUCUUGGACAUUCCUGGAGGCCACCCAGAGCCCAAGGUAGUAUGUGAGCGUCUGGGUGAGGCAGUGAAUGAAGAACAGAUCAGUCUGGUCAUGAUGCAGCAGAGGCCGGACGCUGUUGUCUCAGAGCUGUUCUCCUCGGUGUGUGCAGAGAUUAGAGAUGAGGUGAAUAUUCCUCUGAGUAGCUUGGGAACACCAGUUCUGAUGGGCGUUGCCCUGAAUCACACCAGUGCUGGCAGACCGAGUGCAGAAUUCUUCAUCAGCUGCUCACUGACUUCUAAUGAAGUAAGAAAGUUGUACUGGAAAGGAGGAGCAGAAGCCAACGAGUCCACGGAUGUAGUUUUCCUUAGCAGAACGGAGGUGCUGCAGCUGAACAGAAGCAGCCCUUUGUGGUCGGAGCUGUGUCCUUCAGCUAAAGGAGCCAUGCUGCUUUAUCAGACAGUGAAACCAGAUGGAGAGUCAACAUCCAGAUGACCACACCGUGACAUACACACACAAGAUCAGAUCUACACAGGUGUUACCGACUCUAAGCCCUUACUGGUCAACACUGGUGUUUCAAAUCUCUGCUUAACACUGUAUAUUUGUUAUCAUUUGUUCAAUGUACAGAAACAAUACAUUUGAAUUUAUUAAAACAUUUAGAAUGAGGAAAAAUGCUGCAGUGUUAGCAUCAUUAGAAAUUAUUUUUUCCAGAUUUGUAUUGGGUCUGAAUGAUGUGAGAAAAAAAAUCUAAUCAAGUUAUCUGAGAUCUGAACUCUUAUGAAUAUUCAUAGUGACUCCACACAGUAAAACAGUCUUUAUUCUCUUUAUCAGGACAUUUCAGAAGUUGGAUUGUUCUGUCUUCAGUGUUUUUUGUCUCAGAGUUUCAGUCAUUUAUGGAAAAUUAGUUCAUGAUGAGGUUUGAAGAUGUAACUGCACAGCUGUGUCCAUGAUGUUUAAACAUGGAGCCUACCUGGACUUCGCCUCGUCUUCUUAUGGUGUUGAAUUCUCUCUGAAGUGAGUGGAUUUGUAAAAUCAUGGACACUGCAGUUUUAAAACCUGGAUCAGGCGCUGUGUAACCUGUAAAUUAAUUAUGCUCUUUGCAAUUUGCUAAUUCCGAUGUCUGGAACACCCAAUUUUGGCUUAAAAACAAUUCUUUGUUCAAACCUACCCUGUAUUGUUAUUAUAAUAAAAAU